AAUCACCUCUCUCUCUCCCCACGUCCAUCCAUCUUCCAGAAAUAUCAUGCUGUGUGCAAUCUCGGGAGAGGCACCACAAGUGCCCGUCGUCUCGCCCAAGAGCGGCAGUGUGUUUGAGAAGCGCCUCAUCGAGGCAUAUAUCGCCGAAAAUGGGAAAGAUCCCGUGAACGGGGAGGAGCUCUCUACCGAUGACCUUGUUGAGGUCAAGUCCGACCGCGUUGUUCGACCCCGUCCCCCUACACUCACCUCGAUUCCUUCCCUACUCAAUGUGUUCCAAGAGGAAUGGGACGCCCUUGCCCUGGAGACAUACACACUACGACAGACAUUGGCGCAAACGCGCCAGGAGUUGAGUACGGCUCUCUACCAAAACGAUGCGGCGGUCCGCGUGAUCGCGCGCCUGACCAAGGAGCGGGAUGAAGCCCGUGAUGCGCUUUCUAAGGUGUCCGUCGGCGCUACACGGUCUGGUGGUGGUGAAGCAAUGCAGGUUGAUUCAAAUGGACUUCCUGAGGCAGUUUUGUCACGUGUUGAGAGUACACAAGCAGCGCUCUCUAAGACUCGCCGUAAACGCGCUGUUCCGGAAAGCUGGGCGACCAGCGAUGCUAUCUCAACAUACAAGCCCGCUCAGAGCACCGAGCCCCUCUACCCCGGUGGGAAGGCACUGUCUGUUAACGCCUCCGGGGAGCUUGCCCUUGUUGGGGGCGCUGACGGCGUUGUUGGUGUCUACUCGCUAUCUCAGAAGCAAGUCGUUCAAAGUUUGCAAGCAAAUGGCCCGGUUACCGAUGCUGUUUGGGCAGGUGAUAAGGCCGUCGUUGCUUCGUCUACCGGCUCUGUGAAGGUCUUCGAGAAUGGCAAUGAAGUUGCUGACUUCAGCUCUCAUGCUGGUGCAGCCACUGCGCUCGCCCUGCACCCUACUGGCGACAUUGUUGCUUCCGUUGGCGCUGACAAGAGUUACGUGCUUUACGACUUGGCGACCAACUCCGUGAUUACCCAGAUCUUCAGCGACUCAUCUCUUCUUUCCGUAAAGUUCCACCCCGAUGGCCAUCUUAUUGCUGCCGGUGGCGUGGAUGGACAGAUCAAGAUUUUCGAUGUCAAGAACGGCUCGCCUGCCGCUAAUUUCGCUAUGUCUGGACCCGUCAAGUGCUUGUUCUUUUCCGAAAAUGGUACAUUCAUGGCCGCGGUCGCCGAAAGUUCUACAGUUGUUUCUAUUUGGGAUCUCCGCAGUGCAUCAGAAGUCAAAGCUCUGGACACCGGCAGCCAGAUUGAUUCUAUCAGCUGGGAUUACACCGGGCAAUUCCUACUCACUGGCGGACCUAGCGGGUUGACCGUCCAGCAGUACACCAAGUCAACUAAGUCAUGGUCGGAACCACUGCGAAGCGCUGUGCCUGCAGCUGCCGUGUCGUGGGGUGUUGCAGCUCAAAGUAUUGUGGCUUUGAACCGUGAUGGUGGAAUCACAAUGUUGGGGGCACAGUAAUAAUGAUACCUUUCAGAGAAAACCAAAGCAUUGAGUUUGUACUUUUAGUUCUUGAAAUUAUGGAUGCUGUUUGUCACCUGAACUUCACAGUUGGGAGAGAGAAGAACGAACUGAAAGAAUAAAAGACAAUAGAUUACUGUCUUGGAUGUACUGCUGUUACCAGGAGUUGAAAUUAACACAUACCAAA